CCACUCUAAUAAAGGAAGGGUCAUCCCUAUAGCACAGGUGUAAACGAGGGAAGUGAUGUAUUAAAGAACGUAAGGAAUGUGUGACCUAUUCUGACAGCAACAUUUGAAUUCGAGUUUGUGUCAUCUGCAAAGAAAUGUUGAUAUAUUAUUAAAUGCGCAACUGUUAAUUACAGAAGUGGGUCACUAAUUCUAUCUGUUUAUAAAUAUGGUCACCAAGGAUUGCUCUCUUUUUUACUAUUUAGUUUACUUGAAGUACUUUUCUAGCUUUCAAAGUAUACAAAGGAGACCUGAGCUUCCAAAAUAUUCUUCAAAAUGCAACGUGACGGAAGUGCUACUACGUGUAGCAUCAACUACGACCGACCCAUGGAACUUAUUUCGGUUCCUGCCAUUCCUGAUGACACUUUCACCGUUGGACAAGCAGUAAAUGCAUUAGGUUUUGGGAAGUUUCAAGUAAAACUACUAUUAUCGACAGGACUCUGUUGGAUGGCAGAUAGCAUGGAAAUAACAAUACUAAGUAUUCUUAGCUCAACAUUACGUUGCGAUUGGGGCAUUAGUAAGGCUGAACAAGCUUUAACUAUAAUGAUCGUUUUUAUGAGUAUGAUGUUAAGUGCGACAUUUUGGGGUAUCUUAAGUGACAGAUAUGGCCGCAAGAAGUCGUUAACAAUAUGUGCAAUACUACUCUUCUAUUAUGGAUUUCUUAGCUCAUUUUCACCAAGUUUUCUUUGGAUACUAUUGCUCCGAGGACUCGUUGGGUUUGCCAUUGGCUGUGCCCCACAAUCGGUAACAUUGUUUGCAGAGUUUCUUCCUACUAAACAAAAGUCAAAAUGUGUAAUACUGCUAGAUUGUUUCUGGGCUCUUGGAGCCUCCCUCGAGGUAGUAUUAGCAUUAAUAGUCAUGCCGAGUUAUGGAUGGCGUUGGCUGCUCGCCAUUUCAACAUUGCCUGUGCUUAUAUUCGCUACAAUCACUCCAUGGCUUCCAGAGUCUGCCACCUUUCAUGUUAUGACUGGCCGCACUGAUAAAGCGUUUAUCACUCUGGAAAGAAUUGCAAAGGAAAAUAAAAAGCCCAUGCUUUUUGGUCGAUUGAUAAUCGACCAUCCCUUUCCAGUUAGUAGAGGUGGAUGGAAAGACUUAUUCAGCCUUGAGGUCCGAAGGACUUCUGCGUCCCUUUGGGUUAUAUGGUUUUGUAGUGCUAUUUGCUACUAUGGAAUAGUUUUAAUAACGACAGAGCUGUUCAAUACAACAGCUGAACGGUGUGGCAGUAAUGGCAUUGGAAGAAGCGACUGCAAUUUAGAUUGCCAACUAAGAAGAAGUGAUUACAUAGACUUACUGUGGACAACUUUGGGCGAAUUCCCAGGGAUAUUUUUCACUGUCAUUAUUACCGAAAAAAUUGGUAGAAAGAAGACGAUGACGUGGCAGCUGAUUAUUUUUGCUGUAAUAGUGUGUACAUUAGUCAAAGCAUGCACUUUAAGCAGAACAGCAUUGACAAUAGGACUUUUUCUGGCCCGUGGUCUGAUAGCAGGAGUCUUCCAGGCAGCUUAUGUUUACACUCCCGAAGUUUAUCCAAUACAUUUGCGAAGUGCUGGAGUAGACGCAUGCAGUGUUAUGGCAAGAGCUGGUGCCAUGAUAUCGCCAUACAUAGCUCAAGUUUUAUUGCAGCAAUCGAUGAGUGCAGCAGUAGGAGUUUACGCUGCGGCUGCAUUGUGCACUGUAUUAAGUAUUCUGAUACUACCUACAGAUAAUAGGUAGCAAUUAACGGGCGAAAGCCCGAAGAAUUCUGUUGAGAUGUACAUAUGAAGUGCAUAAAGGGAAAAUCGGUCAUAGGUACUAAACCUAAAAGUAAACCAACCUGUCUGAUCCUGAUGCCCAACGUGAGGCAUAUUUUAUACCUUUCCAUCGCUUAGAAAUCAUCGUUGCAAUGUAUGUAUAUAAAAAUACAAGAAUAAGAAUGUCCAACCAUAAUGGAGAUGAUUUUUAUAUUUUUGUUACGUUACAGGUGCUUCAUGCACUGUGUUUGAUGUAUUUUAAUACUACCUAGAUAGGUUGUAGAGUAGGUUAAGUGUACGCCCAAAAUGUGUAAGCUAAAACUACCUUAGUUAUUAAAUAUGAGGUACUUUUUAUUUGAUAGGGAAUAUCAAAGGAAUAUGUUGACUCGUUCAGCGCCAAAAUUGGGUUCGAAACUUUUUUGGUUAAUGAUUCAUUUUGAUGUACUUAUUUGAAUUAUUUUAUGUAUGGAAAACAUUAGCAUAAAACUUGAUUCUUCUAAAUGCUUGAACGUUUAUUGCAAAUUAUUUGAAUUGUUACCUAAAAAAGUUAAGUAACCUAUUAAUUUUAUUUUGAUCUUCCAAUCGAUGUCCUUACAAUGGAACCAGUUUUAUAUUUAUAUACAUCGCGUAAAAUUUGUUAUACUUAAUGAAUGUAAAUGUAAAUCUAAACAAAUUAUAUUUCUCGAUUGUAGUAUACACAUACAUUUUAUAUGUAUUCUUAUAGCCAUUUAUUGUACGACCUGAAAACAUUUUAAUAUACUUGCGAUAAUAUCGCACAAGAAAAUAAA